GUGCAGCCCCCUGGCAACGCAGGGAAUCCCCAUAGGCCGCGGUGCCUGGCGCCCGCUGUGUGCUCCCCUGGAGGCCUGGCACUUCGACCUCUGCGACCCCUCCGACGAAGGGGGCCUCAAGAAACUGGACGUGUGCUUCACCGCGUCCGGAUCCUUCAACGCCGUCCUCUUCUGGCACGACCUCACCCUGUGGGGCGGCGCUAAGCUGGGCGGCGGGCCUGGGGACCCGGGAAGCAGCGGGCGCAGCCCCGCGGUGCAGUACAUGGCCGGGGAGCUACGGGUGGAGGCGGGCGACGUGCUCCCCCUGACCUGCAGCCACAACACUGUGAGGAUGAGGUUUGACAUAGAGGAGGCCGAGUAUAGCCAUCUGAUGAAAAACGACUUGUCCUUCCCUCAAGCCAACUUUUCUAUCUUGGCGGAUUCUGAACGAGCUGAGUCGUAUCACCGCGCCAUAAAGGCUGCCGUGGAAAAGAAGAAGAAGGAAGGUA